AUGGCAGCCAUCUUGGAUUUCUAUUGGUUAGCGUACGAAACGAAUAAAAUAAAUGUACACUCAGCAUCACCACUGGUUUUAUCAACAGAUGCAUCCGACAUUGGUUAUGGUGGCGUUUUAAAACAAAUUACCAAAGACGGUCCAAAGCCAAUCAGCUAUUUAUCACGUAAAUUAAAUCCGGCGGAGAAAAAAUAUGGUACCACCGAAAAAGAAUGCCUAGCCAUGGUGCGUUGUAUUGAAGAAUUUAGAUCAUAUCUAUUAGGACGAGAAUUUACGGUGGAAACUGACCAUUGUCCGUUGUGUAAUUUUCAUAAAAAACCGUCCAAAAAUGGUCGGGUGGAUAGAUGGUCAAUUGGUUUAGGUGAAUAUGAUAUCGUUGAAAUAAAAUAUAAAAAAGGUAAAUGUAACUGUGAUGCGGAUUUAGUGUCAAGAUAUCCAGCAACAACAUCCAAUGACCAGAUAACAUCAAGAAACGUUAGAGGUAGAAUGAAUGGCGCACUAACUGACGAUGAAGAAGAAGCAAAUCCACAAGUUAAUGUAAUUACUAGACCAGCAGCUAAAGCAAUUACGAAUAAUAACAAUAACAAGACAAUAGCAUUAGCUGGUAAUCACACUAAAUCCCCAAAGUCAGCUCAAACAAUGACACCACAUUUAUCCACAACUGCAAUGCAACUACGUCC